AUGAUCUUUUUGGUUUUCUAUCAUCUCUUGGCGAUGCUGCAUCUUAGCCAUGAGCAGACUACGCAGAACAUCAACGUCUUGUACGUGAAUGAAGAAGGUAACGAAGUAGCUGAUAGAGCCAUCGAGGUAGCCAUGACGUACAUAAAGAAAAAUAACAAGCUGGGUAUUAGCGUGGACCUCAAACGAGUUGUUGGGAAUAGGACAGAUUCCAAUACACUUUUGGAAUCACUGUGUUCAACAUACCAGACGAUGUUGGAAACUCAAGCAUUCCCUCACUUAGUCCUCGAUACAACCAUGACAGGGAUCGGAUCCGAAACGGUAAAAUCGUUCACAUCAGCACUAGCCAUUCCUACAGUCAGUGCCUCCUUUGGCCAAGACGGUGACUUGCGGCAAUGGAGGAACAUCGACGAGAACGAGAAGGAAUACUUGAUCCAAAUCUGUCCGCCGGCCGAUAUUAUCCCUGAGAUCGUAAGGGCCAUUGUUCUGAACCAGAACAUCACUAACGCUGCUAUUUUGUUCGAUAAUUCAUUUGUAAUGGAUCACAAAUACAAGUCCCUCCUUCAGAAUGUAGCCACCAGACAUGUGAUCACACCUAUAAGAGGAAACGGAGAGCAGAAAGUAAUAGAAGACCAACUCGUUCAACUGAGAAAACUAGACAUCGUCAAUUUCUUCGUCCUGGGCAGCGUCAUCAACAUUGGAACUGUCCUUAACGCGGCGAACGAAAUCAGUUUUUUCAACAGGAAGUUCGCCUGGCACGCCAUCACUCAGGACGAUGGGGAAUUCAAAUGCAACUGCAAAAAUGCUUCUAUUAUAUUCGUCAAGCCUUCUCCUAACACGGCGUUCCAAGAUAGAUUGGGAACCAUGCAAAGGACUUAUCAAUUAAAUGCUGAACCUAUAAUUACUGCAGCUUUCUAUCUUGACUUGGCUCUGCGUUCUUUCCUGUCGAUCAAGGAAAUGAUAUCGGAUGGCGCUUGGAAAAAGAACAACGUAACAAACUAUAUUUCAUGCGACGAUUAUGAUGGCAAAAACAGUCCCAAAAGGAUGAAUUUGAAUCUUAGACAGUAUCUGAGCAAGGACAGUACAGAGACACCGACCUACGGCCCCAUAUCCGUGUCCUCCAACGGACAGAGCUUUAUGGAGUUUCAGAUGCAGAUCAGCGCUGUGGGAGUUAGAGAAGGAGCGUCCGACAAAUCCACGACUUUGGGCUCGUGGACAGCUGGAUUCGACAACAACCUGACUUUAGUGGAGCCGCAGGUUAUGGCAAAUAUGACGGCCGACGUCGUGUACAGAGUUGUGACUGUCGUACAAAAGCCGUUUAUUUUCAAAGACGAAACUGCUCCCAAGAAAUACAACGGUUACUGCAUCGACCUGAUCGAGAAGAUAGCGGACAUACUGAAAUUCGAUUACGAGAUCGUCGCCGUCGACCAUUUCGGCACCAUGGACGAAAGCGGCAAGUGGGACGGUCUGGUGAAGGAACUGAUGGAGAAGAAAGCCGACAUCGGUCUAGGUUCCAUGUCCGUGAUGGCAGAGAGGGAGAACGUGAUCGAUUUCACUGUGCCGUACUACGACCUCGUCGGUAUCACCAUCCUGAUGAAGUUGCCGGAGACUCCUACUAGCCUCUUCAAGUUCCUAACGGUUUUGGAGAACGAAGUGUGGCUUUGUAUUCUGGCGGCGUAUUUUUUCACAAGUUUCUUGAUGUGGGUCUUCGACCGCUGGUCUCCCUACAGCUACCAGAACAACCGAGAAAAGUACAAGGACGACGAAGAGAAACGGGAAUUCAACUUGAAGGAGUGCCUCUGGUUCUGCAUGACAUCUUUAACACCUCAAGGUGGUGGCGAAGCUCCAAAAAACUUAUCGGGACGACUGGUAGCUGCUACUUGGUGGCUGUUUGGGUUCAUCAUUAUCGCUUCGUACACGGCUAACCUCGCCGCGUUCUUGACGGUUUCUCGAUUGGACACACCCAUAGAGUCCCUGGACGACCUUUCUAAACAGUACAAGAUCCAGUAUGCGCCCCUUAACGGAUCAUCCACUCAGGUGUAUUUCGAAAGGAUGGCCAAUAUCGAGGCCAGAUUUUACGAAAUAUGGAAAGACAUGAGUCUCAACGACAGCCUCUCAGAAGUGGAGCGGGCAAAGUUAGCCGUCUGGGACUACCCAGUCAGCGACAAAUACACGAAAAUGUGGCAGGCCAUGAAGGAGGCCGGCCUACCGAAUACCCUAGACGAGGCCGUGAAGAAAGUGAGAGACUCGAAGUCUUCCAGCGAAGGCUUCGCUUUCUUGGGCGACGCCACCGACAUAAGAUACCUGGAAGCUACCAACUGCGACUUGACCGUAGUCGGGGAGGAGUUCUCUAGGAAGCCCUACGCCAUAGCGGUGCAACAGGGGUCGCCCCUGAAGGACCAGUUCAAUACCGCGAUAUUGCAGUUGCUGAAUCGGCGCGAAUUGGAACGCCUCAAGGAGAAGUGGUGGAACAAGAACCCGGAGAAGAAGGACUGCCAGAAAGCCGACGACCAAUCGGACGGCAUCAGCAUUCAGAACAUCGGCGGAGUGUUCAUAGUCAUCUUCGUGGGCAUCGGCCUGGCUUGUAUAACAUUGGCCUUCGAAUACUGGUGGUACAAGUACAGGAAAGGAUCUAAGAUAAUCGACGUCCAGGAAGCCUCGCAUCACCACCAUCAAAGUAAGACGACUUUUCCUAAGGAGGCGGGAUUUCCUAAAGGUAAGGAAGGCGCUGGCAACAAGAACGUCGCCAGCUUGUAUCCUAGGCCAAGAUUUUAAAAGUUUUCAGUUUUGAUAUGAAUUUGAUGAAAAAGAAUUGAAUUCUUCAGCAGAGCUCUUACAUAAAUUGUGCCCUUCAAGUUACUGUGAAGGAUUAGAAGAGGGGAAGUGAAAUGUGUAUUUAUGUCACCGUUAUUUGCAAAGGGUGGUUUUAUUUGUACCAAAUUUUGCCAC